GUCGUGAAAACAUUGUCUCGUUGGUUAACGUGCCGCGUGUGAUGACGUUGUAGUGGCCGCCACGUUCAGCCCAGACGCCUACUCUUAUUUACGCCUCUGAGCAUCUGAUCCUAGUAUUUCAAUUACACUCCGAGAAGGUCAAAUCGCAAUCUGCGCAUAUCCGACAAAAUGAUUGGCAGUAUAUUCUUCAUCUGCAACCGCAUUCUGGAGCUUGUCUUCCUGAUUCCGAUCAUCGGAAUGAUGGCAUACUUCGUCAAUGGCUACCUCAAUGCGAACCAAAUUACCCCUGCCUAUAUUCUCGUCCUCUUCAUCGUCAGCGUCAUUGCAGCUUUCUGGUGCCUCGAUACCCUGAUCCGCUUUUCGACCACCAAGCGCUCCGCUAUGUUUGUUGCUUUCAUCGACCUUCUCUUCUUUGGUGCUUUCAUUGCGGGUGUCUACGAGCUGCGGUUUAUCGCAGGGGCCAGUUGCUCGCAUUGGGAUGGUGGUUCGGUGUACAUUUCGCUGGGUCCCUUCGGAUACUACGGCUACAGGACCGAUAACCCGCUGUCCUUCCACAUCGACAAGACUUGCGCGAUGCUGAAGGCCAGCUUUGCACUAGGGAUCAUUGAGGUUGUCUUCUUCCUCUGGACGGCCAUUCUUGCUCUCGCCAUCUACAAGCGUCCGGAGGUUGUUGUCAGGGAGACCACUGUCCGUCGCAGGAGUCACAGCAGCCGACGUGGUCACCGGCGCCACAGCAGCUCGGGUCGGCGGCAGCAGUAUGUGGUAUAGAACGAUUUGCAUAUCAAGCAACAGAUAUGAUGGGAUGAUACGGAUUAAUGAUUGGAAUGGAUAACGCGAAACGAACGACAGAAAAAAAAUUGAAAUAAACGAAGUUACGAGGGAAGGCAUACCGACAGCAUGAGUCUUAGCAAUCAACCAUUGAUGAUCUGUGAUUGUUACUGCUCCAUAUAUGAUGAUAAUGUUUCUAUUUGACAAAGUUUCUUGUCC